AUGGACAACGAAGCCGAGGAGGAGUUCCAAGAUGCGCAAGAAGAAGCGGAGGAGCAUCAAGAGCUGGCGACCAAGCCCAGAGAGCUUCCAUUGGAUCUACCACGAAACUUGGACGACAGGAGGCCAGUGCGGGACUAUAGCCAGCAGGAGUUCUAUGACGACUGGAGCGGCAAGGCUGAGCUUUUGACGGCGCCGAUGAGUGCGAAGUCCCUCAGUUUCAAUCUGUCGCUUCACGAGCCCGAUCAGGAGGACGCUUUUGGUCGGGAUUUCGGCGGUUAUGAUGCAGCUAUGCUAGCUGCACAGGCUAGGAAAGGCAACGAGAUCGAUGCUGGUGAGAUGGAGGAGGAUACGGUGUUGGCAAAUAAGGAUCUGUCGCUGGAGCAAAGAACGCAGAAAUUGCAGGAGUUCUUGUUCCUCGCUGCAAGUAAUGGUGAUGCCAAACGGGUGCAACGACUAGUGAGAGGUCAACCUUCAGAUUUCUUGAGGCUCAACGCAGUAGACGCGGAAGGUACGCCACCUUUGGUCUACGCCAGCUGCUUCGGCCACAAGGAUGUGGUUCUCGCGCUUCUGGAUGCAGGCGCUACGGUUGAUACUCAAGAUCGCAAUCAAUGGACUGCGCUUAUGUGGGCGAUAACGAACCGCCACAAGGACAUCGCCAAAAUACUGCUCGACCACGGUGCGUCAACAGAUAUUAAGUCAUCAAGUGGUAGAACCGCGCUAGACUUCGUGCCACCCAACAGCGACAUGUCAGAGUUUCUUCAACACAGUGGCAACAGCAUUGGCAGUGUUGGCGUUUCGGAAGACUUCUAUAACUCCGGCUUCUCACAAGAUCGCUUCGAGGAGGAGCUUGCUGAGAGUGAGAUGCGGCGGCGAAUGAUGAUGGAAAGCGCGAUCAACCUUGAGGUCGAUUUGGGCAAUCUUGGCCUGGACGAGCAGCCGGAGUCACCAGAGGAGCUAGACGAAGGACAGGAAUUUAUAUGGGAUCGAUGUCUCAACGAUCAGAUGUUUGUCUUCAUGGAGAGCGACAUUGAGCGCAUCCUGGAUGUGGUCGUGACGAACAUGACGCCCCAGCGAUCACCGUCGCAAAAGCCGGUGCCAGCAAAUAUCGUGUUUCUUGGCGCUCGCUAUGCGCAUUACCACGCGAACAAGGAGCUGCUCGCAGAUUGGCUCGAGUCAGCUCAAGAGAAGAUCUACGCGGUGGUCGAUCGCUAUCAGUGGGACAUGACAAUACUCGCCUUUUGGAUCUCGAAUGCGACCUUACUCUUGUACUACCUGAAAAAGGAUCCGGGUUUGACCGAAGCGACCGUCCAAUUUCAGGCGCAGAUGGCGGAAUUGAUACACGAGAUCUACAUCCUCAUCAUUAGGGAUGCUGAAAGACGGAUGGACAAAGUUCUCGACACGGCCAUGCUUGACCAUGAGACGAUUCCGGGCUUCGAAGACGUCGCGUUCCAGAAUGAGUGGAAGUUCUUACGCACGAAGUCCAAAGUGAAACCCGAACCCAUGGAAAAGCGGUAUCGGCCGCCUUCACCAAAGCGUAAAGCUCAGGUAUCGCCGCGCAACAUCACAUCCUUGCUGUCCUCGACGCUGUUCGUGCUCGACUUGUACGAUGUGCACUCGGUCAUCAUGGCGCAGAUACUGUCGCAGCUCUAUUACUGGGUCGGAGCCGAGCUUUUCAACCGGAUAAUGUCGAACAAGAGAUAUCUUGCUCGUACCAAGGCGAUGCAGAUCCGGAUGAACGUUUCCACGCUCGAAGACUGGGCUCGUACCAAUAACAGACAGCCGGACCACUACGAGAACGGAUCGAUGACCGCGACUGGAGAGACUACGGUCGAUUCUGCAAGGCGCCACUUGGCACCAGUUGUACAGCUACUGCAAUGGUUGCAAUGCUUCUCAUCACUUGGCGAGGAUAAGGAUGCUCUGGCCACCACCCUGCAACAACUGCCGAACGUUUCCGCCAGGCAGCUAUUGCACGCUGUUAAGCAUUACCGCGCGGAAGUCGGUGAGAGGACGCUCGGCAAAGUCGCACUGAAGUAUAUUCAAGAGGUUAAGAGCAGACCGAAGGUACCAGUGCAGCCUGAGCCGCAUUCCGCGACGGGCUCCGGAGCGACGCAAUCACCAGCUGUACCGGCUGACGCUGCUCUGCCAAACGGCAAAGCAUUACAUCCCCCUAUAAUUCCUCAACCAGACGAAGAUGAGGCGCCAGAAACAAAUUUGCUUAACCCAGCUCUCCUGCUACCUUUCCAUUUACCGACCUCCACCGACAUGCUGAUUAGCUACGGUGCCGGUUUUGGAGGUAUGAACAAGGAGCGCGAACGAAGGUACAUACCAUCAGUUCCACCAGAGUUCUUGGCCAAGCUGGAGCCGGACGGAAAUAUCCAACCGAUCGUACAAGAAGCGGCUACGCCCGUCAAAUCUGGAGACAUUGAUUCAACCUUCAAUGGCAGUAUUGACCUCGUGAACAAGGCUCUAGGCUCCCGCAUCCUCGCCUUUUCCGAUGAAUGGUUCGCUGCAGCCGACAAUCUCACCACCCCAACGCCGCCGAUCCGCAAGCCUGGCGUCUUUACAUACGCAGGAGCAUGGUAUGAUGGCUGGGAAACCCGCAGACACAACCCUGAGGCAUUCGAUUGGGUCGUCAUACGGUUGGGCGUUGCAUCAGGCAGAGUGAACGGUGUGGAGAUCGAUACGGCUUACUUCAACGGCAACCAGGCACCUGAGAUAGCUGUGCAGGGAUGUUUCGCAUUAGACGACCAGGAAAGUGAGGUCAAGAGCAAGGACUUUGUGGGAUGGGAGACUAUACUGGCUAAGCAGGAGUGCGGGCCGAGUCAGCGACACGGGUGGUUAUUAUCGAAAAUGACGGACAAGGCAUAUACGCAUGUGCGGUUACAAAUGUUCCCAGACGGCGGCAUUGCGCGUUUCAGACUGUAUGGUGAGGUUGUGCCGGUAUUGCCGCAAGAUGUAGGCGAAAUCUUUGACUUGGCUGCGACAGUCAACGGAGGUGUCGCCGUGGCAUGUUCAGAUCAGCACUUCGGUAAGAAAGAUAAUCUGCUUCUGCCGGGCCGAGGGGUCGAUAUGGGUGAUGGCUGGGAAACGAAGCGCUCAAGGGGUGAGCAUGUCGACUGGGUGAUCGUCAGACUCGGUCUGCCGGGUAUCAUAGACAGGCUGGUUAUCGACACGGCGCACUUUCGCGGGAACUAUCCGCAGAAGGUGCAGGUGUUUGCGGCUUUGCAGUCGGACACGCCACCCUCUCACGAUAGCCACUCAUGGAUUGAGAUCCUGCCGCCGCAGCAAAGCGGACCGGACAAGGAGCAUGAGUAUGCACGAACGGCGCUUCAGCACGUCGAAUCCGCCUACGCGUACGUAAAGCUGGUGAUUAUCCCAGAUGGAGGCGUGAAGCGGAUCCGUGUGUAUGGCAGGCGGGCUUGA